UUAAAGAAUAAACGUAAACAAAAGCAGCCAAGUAUGCAAAACGGGCGACUGCAAUAAAUACAAUUUUAUUUAAUGUAACUGCAAACCACAGAACACACAAAUUCGUAGUGCGAACGCGUUUAUUCGAAAUAUGGACGAUAAAGAGAAUCCCUAUGACAUGGACAGCUCCAGCUUUGAUGCGGACAGAUAUCUGGAGCGCCUGCUCAAGGACUGCUCGCUGCGGCAAAUAAUGGAUACAGAAGCAGCUGUGGUCAAGGAUACACAAACUUUGCACUCGGAUAUGCAGACGCUGGUGUAUGAGAACUACAACAAGUUUAUAUCGGCUACGGAUACCAUACGCAAGAUGAAGGACGACUUUAAGCAAAUGGAGUCGGAUGUUAAUCUGCUAAUGAACAAAAUGCAGUCCAUAACAACGUUCAGCGAGCAAAUAACGGGCACGUUGCAGGGCACACGCUCGCAGCUGUGCCGCUUGAGUGAGAAGCACUCGCUGCUAAAGCGACUGCAAUUUCUAUCCACGCUGCCAGCGAAGCUCAAAGCGCUUAUUGAGGAGCAAAACUAUGCGCAAGCGGUGCAGGAUUAUCUGCAUGCACAGAAGGUAUUCGCGCAGUAUGGCAAGCAGCCUUCAUUUGAUGGCAUCAAGCUGGACUGCGAUGCUAUAAUGGAGGAGCUGAAGCAGCGCCUGCGGCAGGACUUUCAAAAGGCGGGCAAUACAGCGCAAUCGCUAACAGAAAUAGGUGAGCUGCUGCUGCAGCUGGAUGAGCAAACCUCGGAUUUGGCCAGCGAAAUGCUGCGCUGUGCGGGCAAGCGGCUGCAUGAGCAGAUUGUUAUGCUGCAGGAUCAAACCGAGCGCGAUAUGCUGGAGUUUGUGGACAUGGGCAUUGAUGGUUUUCUCAACGAUUUAGCGCUAGUGGUUACCUCCUACUUUGACAUGUUUGUAGCCAAGCACUAUGAGCACGAACGCGACGACUUCCAGGAGCAUGCGCUGCAUGAGCUCAACAUUUUUCUCAAUCAGCAAAUUGACAAGUAUCUGACGCUUGUGCAGGAUCGCGUGGAGUCGGACAUUGGCUUUGGUGAUACGCAAGUUAUGCUGCGCGCCUUGGAUCGUCUGCAUCGUCGUCUGCAGGCAAUGCGCAACAUAUGCCGCGGACUGCAAGUGCAACGCAAUACGCUGGACAUUAUUAUAGCUGCAGCUCAUCAGCUCUGCGAUGCGCAUAGCAAAAGCUUGAAGGAUCACUUUGCGGACAGCUUGAGCGCUGUGCGGCUUUCGUUGGUAUCCGCCAAGAACGAUGUGCAGCUGAACGAUCUCAUCAGCAAUUUGUAUGUAGCCAUGGUGGAGAAAAUCAAGGGCGUGCUGCAGGAUUUGCUCAUAUUUCUGCGCACCGACUGGAGCUUUAACAUCAAGGCGGAGCACAAGGGCGCGCUGUGUGUGGAGGGCAUACGAGAGCAGCUGCUCAUAGGAUUUCUGCGUCAUAUAUCGAAGGUUAUGUGUGGCUUUGCCGAUGCCAGCAGCUCCAGUCCGCCCAAUCUGCUGCUGGUGCUAUCCAAAACGUGUCUGGAGCUGGAGCAACAAGGCGUGCAUAUACUCCUCGCGCUGGUGGAUGAUCUUUAUGAAAUAGACUCGGAGAACAGCGCAACGCUGACGCAUGAAACGGAAAUCUGCGCUGAGAUGCGUGAGACGGCGCAGUCCUUGCUGGAUGCAUAUGUGCGGCUGCAGGGCACCAAUAUAAGCCAAAUGCUGCGCAAGAGCGUGGAGACAAGAGAUUGGCUCAACUGCCUGGAGCCGCGUUCGGUGCGUGCGGUUAUGAAGCGCGUGGUGGAGGAGCUGGGCAGCAUUGAAACCGUUGUGGCCAGCUUGUAUGAGUCGACAUCCGCUGCUGGCUUUCGCACCACAGCCAGCAGCGAUUCCAGUCGCAAAACCUACUUUAGCAACUUUAAUGCCAGCAAGCCGCAGUAUCGCUCCAAUUGGUCCAACUACACACCCUCGCAGCUAGAGUCCAGCUAUGUGUCCAAUAUACAUCGUUUGUUCUCCGAGCGCGUGGACAUUUUUACUUCCGUAGAGUUUAGCAAGGCUUCCAUUGUCAUGGGCAUCAUUAAGAUUGGGCUGAAGACGCUGCUGGAGUGCGUGCGCCUGCGCACCUUUAGCAAGUUUGGACUGCAGCAAAUUCAAGUGGAUGCGCACUAUCUGCAAAUGAAUCUCUGGCGCUUUGUAAGCGACGAAAAUUUGGUUAAUUUUUUGCUGGAUGAAAUUCUGGGCUCUGCAGUGCAUCGUUGUCUGGAGUCGGUGCUAAUGGAACCCAAUGCUGUGGAGAUUAUCUGUGAGCGUGGUUAGUACUACUUCCAAUCAAUAUUAGUCGACAAUACACAUUCCAAUUACCAUAAAUAACUACAACAUUAUAUUUAUUUUGUUAUGCGCUGCUUAGCCUAAGGAUUAAACUAAUAAAAUAUACACAAAAACAAAA